UACCGUGUCAGAAAUAGUCGGGAUAAUUGGGCCUGGCAUUGGUCUAAGCGUGCAGAACUUGACCAUGAAGCUCAAAUGGUGCAGUCCCCAUUUCACAUCUCUUUGGAAGCUGUCUUCUCGGCCUAUUCAAUACCGAUAAAGCUAAAGUACGAGUGUACUGCUUGAUCGAUGCAAAACUACUAUGGUGAGCUAUGUUGCUGACGAGGCUCUUCGCGGAAAUAUUCCUUUCCCGAGGGCUCGUGAAGACGAACUGUUGUAUGUACUCCAUGAGGUCCUGGAUUUACGGCUUUGGUCAGGAACCCUGUGGGCCAUACUGUCAGUCGCCAUCGAAGUUUAGUGAUUCUCAACCCGCUGUUGAUGUCGGUCUUUCACCGUCUGCACUCAUUGCGGAUGUGGUGAAACGGUCGCCAGUGGCUCAUACCUUCUAUUUCUAUUCGGUGUUGUGUGAAAUCGCUUCUAUCCCUCGGAAGACGCCAUCGGCAUGAGUGAGUACGAAUUCCUUGCCGCCAGAGACCAAUCAGGAGAGAAGAGGCAAUGUUCUACGGCCUCAUAUCGGUGCUCUGGAAGAGGGUGGGGA